AACUUCCACCGCCACUCCCAUACAGCUCUCUGUCUCUCUAUCUGUCUCUCUCUCUCUGCCUGUCUCUCUCUCUAUCUGUCUCUCUGACUAUGUGUCUCUCUCUCUGUCUGUCUCUCUCUCUCUCUCUAAAUGUUUUUACCAGAAUUAUUUAAUUAAUAUAUCUGUCUUACUUUCUGUUUUAGCUAUAUCUCUUUAUUUCUCACUUUCUCUUUUUCCUUUUUUUCCUUAUCUCUCUCUCUUGCAGUUAAAUGCUCUAACAACACACACACACGCACACACACACACACGGGCUCAUGCCGCUCCUGCAUUCCUGCACACACACAUAAACACACACUCACCUGCACAGACCUGAGAAAGAAGAGAGAAGGAGAGGUGGAGGGUGAAUGUGUGUGUGUGUGUGUGUGUGUGUUUGAUGGAGGAGGAGUGAAAGGAGGAACAAAAGGGGAAGUGGAGGAAGGGAGUCGCCUUCAGCCCACCUGAGAGCUCUGCAAUGGGAGGAGGGAUUUAAAACCACACACACAUACACACUCUCUCACUCUCUCUCACAGACUCUCACACGGCUGAUCCGAUCCUGCCAUUCCACCACACACACACACACACACACACACACACACACACACACCCUGAAGAUUAGAGCCGGAGUGUGACUGCAGGAGGAGAAACACAACCUGCUCCAGAAACUUCAAAGAAACUCACAACUCUGAGAUCAAAGGCGCUUCACAACUUCUUCACUUUUGAAAAUAUUUUUUAUAAUUUCACUUUUUUUUGUUUCACUUUGUGGACGUGUGUGAGGAAGGGAAUUUACCUCACUGUGUGUGUGUACGAACUUGGACUUUGGACUAGGAGACUCAGUAUUAAAGAGGUCAGAGAUGGGAAGAUGGGCGUGGCACCUCAGUGUGGUAUUUCUCUCUCUCACCCUGAUUGGUCAUCAUGUCAUCAGUGCCAAUCGCUGUGCAGCGAGUAAAGCCACCAGCUGUUCUGUGUGUCUGCAGACUGGAUUCGGCUGCGCAUACUGUCGUGAUGAGGUCUUUGGGUUUGAUCGCUGUGACCUGCUGGAGAACCUGAAAUCUCACAGCUGUGCUCUGAUCGUAUCGGUGAAGAGCUCCAUGAAAAUGUUGAAGAAAAUUGCGAUUGAUAAGAACCUGAAACACUCCCAAGUGGCUCCUCAGGAGAUGAGUAUGACUCUGUUACCUGGUGAGGAGCGAGUGGUGGAGAUGGAGGUGUUCGAGCCAUCGCGUGGUCCACUCGACCUCUACAUCCUCAUGGACUUCUCCAACUCCAUGUCUGAUGAUCUGGACAACCUCAAGAAGAUGGGGGACAGCCUAGCUACGUUGGUUGGGACUCUCUCUGAUGAUUACACAAUUGGAUUCGGCAAAUUUGUUGAUAAAGUCACUGAACCGCAGACAGACAUGAGACCAUCAAAGUUGAAGGAGCCGUGGACGAACAGUGACCCUCCGUUCUCCUUCCAGCACGUCAUCACUCUCACCAGUAACCUCAACACCUUCAAAGAGAUCCUGCAGAAGGAGAGAAUAUCUGGCAACCUGGACGCUCCCGAGGGGGGAUUCGACGCCAUCCUGCAGGCCGCCGUGUGUCAGUCUCAGAUCGGGUGGAGGCAGCACAGCACCCAUCUCCUCGUCUUCUCCACCGAGUCGGCGUUUCAUUACGAAGCGGACGGCAUAAACGUGUUGGCGGGAAUUUUGCCACGGAACGACGAGGCGUGUCACCUGGACAAUAAGGGUCUGUACACGCACGCCACGCAGCAGGAUUACCCAUCAGUCCCCACUCUGGUGCGGCUGCUCGUCCAGAACAACAUCAUCCCCAUCUUCGCCAUCACCAACCACUCGCUCUCCUACUACGAGAAACUGGUUCCGUAUUUCCCCAUCGCGGAGCUCGGAGUGCUGACAGACGAUUCGUCCAACAUCCUCAACAUCAUCAAGAUCGCCUUCGAUAAUAUCCGUUCGAAGAUCAGCAUCCAGGCUGAGAAUAAACCCAGAGCGAUCGGUGCUCAGAUGCUCUCAGCGGCCGGAGUCGCGUCAGAUUACGGAAACUUCUCCAUCCAGCCGGGAGAAAUUGGUAAAUUUAAACUGCUUCUGAACGCUAAGACGAGUGUGAAUGAUAAACCCGUGUGCAGCCUGAACACCAACGAACGCACGGGGACGAUCAGGGUCAAACCCACCACGUUUAGCUCCGCCCUCGAGAUACAAACCUCCGUCCUCUGUGAAACCUGCGAGUGUGAAAAGUUUCCAGAAGAGAAUGCGGCUCGGUGUAGCGGUAACGGAAAGCUGGUGUGUGGAACCUGCCACUGUUAUGAUAAAUGGUUGGGUCCGUUCUGUAACUGCUCGUCUCAGGUGUCCUCAGAUACGAGCGGGUGUGUGGAGAAGACGGGGGAGGAGCCAUGUAACGGGAGAGGAGACUGUCUGUGUGGAAUGUGUCUGUGUUACAACCCCAAUCAGUACGAAGGACAGUUCUGUCAGUUCGACAGAUCACAGUGCCACAGAUCAGGAGGAUUCCUCUGUAACGAUCGAGGCCAGUGCUAUAUGGGGAGGUGUGUGUGUGAUAGUGGAUGGACAGGAGAUGCAUGCGAGUGUCCUCUCAGUAAUGCGACCUGUCUGGACAACAAAGGGGGUUUGUGUAAUGGUCAUGGUGUGUGUAAAUGUGGACGGUGUGAGUGUGAAUACUCCGGACUAGAGCUGGGAACAACAUGUGAACCAAACUUCCAGGCUCAGUUGGGGAUGUGUGAGGGCAGGAGGAGUUGUGUACAGUGCCAGGCCUGGAAGACCGGAGAGAUGAAAGGAGAGAAGUGCAAGGAAUGUCUAUUUACCAUCAAGAUGGUGGACGAGCUGAAGGACAGAGAUAAAGUGAUAGAGACGUGUGAAUAUCGUGAUGAAGAAGAUGACUGCACGUAUUACUACACAGUGAAUUAUCCUCCUAAUCCUACUGAUAAAGAACACGAGGUGGAGGUGCUCAAGAAGAAAGAGUGUCCCCCUGGAGGUUUUCUCUGGUUGAUUCCUCUCAUCAUGUUCCUGAUGCUGUUGUUGGGCCUCUUACUGCUCUGCUGCUGGAAAUACUGCGCAUGCUGCAAGGCAUGUUUGGCUCGGCUGUUUGCCUGCUGUCCGUGCUGUGCGAUGGGUCGUAUGGUGGGAUUUAAAGAAGAUCACUACAUGCUGCGUCAGUCUUUACUGAGCUCGGAUCACUUGGACACGCCGCUGGUUCGGACCGGGCCGCCUAAGAGCACAGACGUGGUGCGCUGGAAAGUGAAAGACAACGUCCACCGUGGACCGAACCACCCUCAGAACCAGAUCCAACCCAACCCCAAAGAAAUCAUCGACUUCCCGCUCUCACUGCGGCUCCACAGACCGUUUUCUGACGAACUUUCACGUCCAGAAGGUCGCAACACUGAAAUCCUCAAACAGGAAGUGGAGGAAAAUCUGAAUAACGCAUUCAGACAAAUUCCCGGUGUUCACCGCGUGCAGAAAACCAGAUUCAGGACACAGAGAAAUGCAGGAAAGAGGCAGAACAACACAAUCGUGGACACGGUUCUCUCGGCUCCUCGUUCCAGCUACCGCGACAUCGUUAACCUGACGGAUAAACAGGUGCAGGCUGGGAAUUUCAGCGAUAUGAAAGUAGUGCCGGGUUACUACACAGUGGCCACGGACAGAGAGGCGACGGGGGCUGUGGAGCUGCAGGAGGGCGUGGAGUCUGUGGAUGUUCGGGUUCCGCUCUUCAUCAAAGAUGAGGAUGAUGAUAAGAAACAGCUGCUGGUGGAGGCCAUCGACGUUCCGGUGGGAAUCGCAGGCAUCGGAAAACGCUACGUCAACAUCACAGUGAUUAAAGAACACGCUAAGAGCGUUCUGACCUUCCUUCAGCCCUCGUACACUUUUGCUCGGCAAGAUGGCGUAGCUAACAUCCCGAUUAGCCGUGACAUCAUUGAGGACGGUCGCACUCAGGUCACCUACUGCACCAGAGACCUCACCGCCAAGGACAAGAAGGACUACAUCUCAGUAGACGGAGAUCUGAUGUACCAGCCUGGAGAAACUCAGAAGAUGGUUCCUGUGAAGCUGCUGGAGCUCGGGGAAGGAGACGCCCUGUUGGAUAAACAGUCCAAACAGUUUGUGAUGGAUCUGAGCAACCCACGUCAGGGCGCUAAACUCGGCAAAUACCCGCGAACCACCAUCAACAUCGCCGACAAACCAGAUCCGAGCGUGAUCAUGUUCAAGAACACCACGCAGAACUUCAGCAUAUCCGAUGCCCUCUACAACAUCCCUGUGAUCCGCACUCAGGGUCUGGAAAACCCCUCCACCGUUAACUGGCGCACAAUCUCCUCCCGCUUCAACCUGUCCGGCCCGGUCAAGUUCGCCCCAGGAGAUAUGGAGAAGAACAUCGUGAUCGACCCUCGUAUGCAGCAGAUUCCCUCCAAACCAGAAACCUUCCAGCUGGAGCUGUAUGACCCGAGCCCUAAUAGCCUCGUCCGAGACAGGAAGACCACGCUGGUCAACAUCACUGAUUCCAAAGAUGUCUUGACCAAGACAGGAUCUCUUUCAUUUAAAGCCCCGUCUCCCACUGGACGGAUCUUUGCUCCGACUAACAUCAAUGCUACAGCUACAGGCCCUAAAAAGAUGCUCCUUAACUGGAACCCUCAGUCUGGAGCCAAAGGAUAUAAGGUGAAGUAUUGGAUCUACGGAGACCCUGAAGCCGAAGCCCAGGUGGUGGACGUUAAAAGCCCUCAUGCUGAAUUGACGAAUCUCUACCCGUACUGCGAUUACGAGAUGCGUGUGUGUUCAUAUAAUGCUCAGGGAGACGGGGACUACAGUGACAUCGUGCCGUGCCAGACUCUUGAAGAUGUCCCAAGUGAACCAGGCCGCCUGGCCUUCAAUGUCAUUGGCCCAACUGUCACGCAACUGAGCUGGGCAGAACCAGCAGAGCCCAAUGGUGUGAUCACAGAUUAUGAGGUUGUCUACACACCCAUCAAUGAGGACAGCAAACCCAUUGGACCUGAUAAGAAGGUGAAGAUUGACAACCCCAAGAAGCGCAUGUUGCUUAUUGAGAACCUGCAGCAGUCCCAGACAUACCGCUACAAAGUGCGUGCUAGCAACAAGGUGGGAUGGGGGCCAUACAGAGAUGCCACCAUCAAUCUGGCAACCCAACCUCACAGACCCAUGUCCAUUCCCAUUAUUCCUGAUAUUCCUAUUGUGGAUGCAGAGGCGGGGGAUGAUUAUGACAGUUUUCUCAUGUACAGUAAUGAAGUUCUUCGUUCACCCACCUCCAGCACCAGACCCAGCGUGUCAGAGUUCUCCGAAGACCAGAACAUAAACGGAAAGUGGGAUCAAGGGUUCCUGUUCCCAGGUGGAAGUGGUUCCCUGUCACGCAACAUCAGCACUUCUUCAACUAGCUACAGCGUCUCACCCCGCCCUGGUGGUGCCAACCAGUCAGUGGAGACCAGUAUGACUUACAUAACCAACAAAGGAGGAUCUGUGCCUCGCAAGCAUGACAUCCACACAGAGGACGUCAUCAUGAGAAAACGAUCCGAAAACAGGACUUAUUAUGAUAAUGAUGGUGUAAGAGACUCCAUCGUGAUGAGCGACUUGACUGGAGGAUUCUCUGACAUUCUAAGCGGUUCUAGCUUCAGCCAGACUACAACCAGCUACAGCCUGAACUCCCGCGUUCACAAUCACUCAGACGACAUCAACGAAGCUCUGCAGAACCUGGACAGGGUUCUCCAGGAUACUCGGCUGCAACGUGGAGUCCCUGAAACCCCAAGCAGGCUGGUGUUUUCAGCUCUGGGUCCCACGGCACUGAAGGUCAGCUGGCAGGAGCCCCACUGUGAAAAGCCAAUAUUAAAAUACUCUGUCCUCUACCAGCUUCUCAAUGGAGGUGAAAUGAAGCGCUUGGACAUCACUAACCCUGCGCAGAACUCUGUGGUGGUUCAGGACUUAAUGCCCAACCAGUCGUACCUGUUCAAGGUAAAAGCUGAGAGUCAGGAGGGUUGGGGUCCAGAGAGAGAAGGAGUCAUCACCAUUGAGUCUGCUGUCGACCCCAAGAGCCCCCUCAGCCCUGUGCCAGGGUCUUCAUUCACUCUGAGCACACCCAGUGCUCCAGGUCCGCUGGUGUUCACUGCAUUAAGUCCAGAGACUCUCCAGCUCAGCUGGGAUAAACCACGAAAACCCAACGGCGAGAUCCUGGGCUACGUGGUCACCUGUGAACAGCUGCACGGUGGAGGAGAUCAGCGCUCCUUCCAGCUCAGCGGGAACUCGGCCACGUCUCUGACCGUUUCUGAUCUGAGUGAAAAUGUACCGUAUAAAUUUAAAGUACAGGCUCAGACCACGCAGGGCUUUGGGCCGGAGAGAGAGGGGAUCAUCACUAUCGAGUCUCAGGAUGGUUCUAUGGGUCAGUACAGCAGUCAGUCUGUGAUGAAGAGAGAAAUGUUUAAUUUGCCAUCACAGAACUCGUCACAGACAACACACACCAUGUUCACCGAACCCUUUAUCACACCAGAAGGUAUGAUGAUGUCGAGCAGACAGGUCACACAGCACACGGAGAUGAGCGGUAGCAUCACGCGGCAGGUGGAGAUGGUGCAGAGAGGAGUGACGUCCACCGUCACCAAGAAACAAUAUUAUGAAGCCUGAACACGGAUAAUACGCUAACCUGGUGUGUUCAGUAACACACACACACACACACACACACACACCUGAACAUCAUCUGUGUACUGGUAUGAACACGAGUAUAACAGUGAGAAUGACUGAAACACAUUCACACCAGAACCAUGUGUGUGUGAAAUACAGAAACUGCACACAUACACAGCGAUAUUUAGCUUCAGUAUUGAAAUUUUACAGAAGCCCUGAACUGGAAAACCAUGCUGAAGUGCAAUGUCCUUAUUCUGACAUAAACAACAUACAGUGUUAAAUAUUAAGUCAAAAUACGUUAUUAAGCUGAAAUAAUAUCUUGAAAUAACAAGUUAGUACGUAACGAAGUCAAAAUAAAGACAUAGUACUUCAGCUUUAAUAUGUUUUUUUGCUUCUGUAGUCAGUAAAGUCUCCAGUGUGGGAAUGUUCCUGAAACAGUUGGCUUUAAAAUACAGUGAUAUGGUCUGAGCAUUUUACAAUAAUAAUAAUAAUAAUAAUAAUAAUAAUAAUAAUUCACUUUACAGUGCCAAACAUGUAUUGAAUGUAAACCGAAUGUUCUGUGCUUUAGUGUACACACGUAUACAUCCAUCUCACAUAUCUGCCUUUAGAUAUUUGAAUUGUUUUAGGGUUUGUUUGUUGUUUGUCUGUUUAUUAUCUACUUUUUUUUUACGUUAUAUUGAUGAAUAUGAUGAAUUAUGAAUUAUACAUAUUAACACUCCAGUAAAACUUUGGAGUUAAAAAAAAGUAGAUUAGCAGCGCCAUCUGCUAGGCCUUUUACUGUACAGACCAAUCAGAGACCAUAAUUUCAUCACGUGACUAUUUUCAGGCAGGGGGGUUAAUUCAACUAGGCCACUACUCCACAUGUACCUAACAAAAAGCACUUUUAAAAUCAUAAUUUUUUCUAUAAACCAGUCAGUAAAGUUAUUAUGCUGAAAUAAUAGUAAAAUUAUUCGACAGCUACAAUUUUAAAUGAAUUUACUUAUGCUAACAGCUAACCAAGAAGCUCUAGCUAGUUAACCUUAGCUUGCUAGCCAAUUUAUUAGUCAUUACACAUCUCCAUUUAUUUAUUUCUCAUUCAAUUAAAAUAAAAAAAACGUUCUUAAUAUACCUUCAGUGACAUGAUUCCAUAAUAGAUCUCUUUUUAUUCUCAUAAUUCUGAUGUAAAUUCUGCCAAACUGCAGCUAGUUAGCCUGUUAGCUGCAGCUAGCGCAUUGAAUCCCGUAGAAUCCCAUCAUGAACUUGUUCAUUUUUAUUCUUAUUUUUCUUUUACAACUAAAAAUGUUGUUUUCCAACAAUAACUGCUGGUGGUGUUGAAUGAAAAGUGUCAUUUAUGAGCUGCAUCAGGAUUUUCUCUUGAAAAAUGUCUUUACCAAAGUAUCAAAAUCUGUAUUUUUUAACUUUAUUAGUUUUACUAUUUGCAUGUUUAUUAUUAUAUUUUUACUGUCCCUUUUCAUCAUAUAACAAACAGCUUGAGUCUCGGUUACAUAAAAACAGUAAUAUACUAAUUAAACUACAGGUUAUUGUUUUUGCAUGUUGUAAAUAUGUUACUGAAAUUUGGAUUUAAAAUGUUUUGUUUUUUUUUACACACAAUACUCUGGGGAAACAUGACUCUGUCUGUCAAUAUUUUAACUAUUAUACUGUACUAUUUUGAAAAAUAUAUUUGUAUAUUAAAUAUAAUAUGAGGAUGAACACUUUGGGUUUUUUAAUGUGACCAAACGAGCAAACAUUUCACUUUAGAUUCAGUUUCAUUCGUUAAACACGACAGAUUUCCAUUUAAUAAACAAUAAAAAAUAAUUGGUUAAUAAAGUGUGUCA